UCUGGCCGUGUUGUGCUGCUGCUGUGUGUCGUCGCGGAAUGCAUAAUCGCGUCAUUUCUGUACUAAAAAAGUACUUCUCUACUUUUCCGCCAUUUUGAAAGCUGUGAGUGGGGAUUCAUGUUUUAAAGAGACGCGUUACUUCUUGAAAAUUUUUACAAAAAAUUCCAAUUUCCACCACAAAAAUCGUCAAAAAUAUACACAAAUUUGAGAAAUAAAUAUAUUUCACAUCGAGUGCUAAUCGAAUUGUGUUUGUGUUGCAUAAAUAAACGUAUAGAAAAGAAACUCUUUGAUCAAGAGAAAAGAAAGAAAAAAAAAAUAUAUCCUCUGAAAAAAAUAAGAAAAUCAAUUCGGAUCGGACGUUAUUGAGGCAAAUCAACAUGAAGGGAUUCGAUCGCGAAAAGCUCACCCUUCAUUUUUAGCCACACGACGAUUUGAUUUGAAGUUGAUAAGAAAACAAAACAAAACAAAUUAAAUCUAAAAUCAGUGUAAUAAAACAGUAAAUUUAAUAUAAAAACAAUAUACAGAUCACAUAAAACGAAUAUCACAAAAGAAAACAAAAACGUUUGCCAUCAUCUUCUGUGAAUUUUCUAUGUUCGCAUACAAAAUAUAUAUAAAUUGAUAUAUAUAUAUAUUGAAAAACUACCGACAAAAACAUACACACAAAAAACUAAAAAAACCGGCUACAAAGAGCACAAAAUAACAUUCAUAUCGAUUUGGUCACAUUUGACAAGUGAAGUCGGCAUUUUGAUUCCUUCAUUCUGUUACUUUUUUUUUUGUUUUCAAACAAUUUUUUUUUUUUAAAUAAUUAAUUUUAAUUUUAUUAUUUUUUCGUUUUAAUUAUCAAACUCGCACACACAUACACACACAUAUACGAACAUACAACUCUCAAUCAUUACAACAACAAAAAUUAAAAAAGUAAUCAUACAUACAAAAUUGCUUAAAUCAUGGACAAGUCUAUGAUGUUACCAUCAAAACGAUCACGCUUAGACGUUAAAGGGCCAUUUGCUAAUGGCCCGCUGCAGGCACGGCCGCUUGUUGCUCUGCUCGAUGGUCGAGAUUGCUCGAUUGAAAUGCCAAUACUUAAGGAUGUUGCCACAGUUGCGUUUUGUGAUGCUCAAAGUACAUCCGAGAUUCAUGAAAAGGUUCUUAAUGAGGCAGUCGGAGCCCUCAUGUGGCACACGAUCAUUCUAACAAAAGAAGAUUUGGAAAAAUUCAAAGCACUUCGUAUUAUUGUACGCAUUGGUAGUGGCACGGAUAAUAUUGAUGUUAAAGCUGCGGGUGAAUUAGGCAUUGCUGUGUGCAAUGUGCCCGGUUAUGGUGUGGAAGAAGUUGCCGACACAACAAUGUGUUUAAUCUUAAAUCUUUACCGACGAACCUAUUGGCUUGCUAAUAUGGUUAGAGAAGGAAAGAAAUUCACAGGACCCGAACAAGUUAGAGAAGCCGCCCAAGGAUGCGCCAGAAUUCGAGGUGACACUUUAGGAUUAGUUGGACUAGGAAGAAUCGGAUCUGCCGUAGCCUUGAGAGCAAAAGCUUUUGGUUUCAAUGUUAUAUUCUAUGAUCCAUAUCUUCCGGACGGCAUUGAUAAAUCCCUUGGUCUAACACGAGUCUAUACAUUACAAGAUCUUCUAUUCCAAUCAGAUUGUGUGUCGUUACAUUGUACCCUCAACGAACACAAUCAUCACUUAAUUAACGAAUACACAAUUAAACAGAUGAGACCUGGUGCAUUUUUAGUUAACACUGCAAGGGGCGGUCUGGUCGAUGACGAAAUGUUGGCGCUAGCACUCAAGCAGGGAAGAAUAAGAGCUGCAGCUUUAGAUGUUCACGAGAACGAACCUUUUAAUGUAUUCCAAGGAGCCUUAAAAGAUGCUCCAAAUCUUAUAUGUACACCACAUGCAGCCUUCUUCAGCGAAGCAUCUGCUACAGAAUUACGUGAAAUGGCAGCCACUGAAAUUCGACGGGCGAUUGUCGGCAAUAUUCCAGAAGUUUUGAGGAAUUGUGUUAAUAAAGAAUACUUUAUGCGAACACCUGCAGCUACAGCCGUUGCUGCUGCGGCCGCUGCGGCAGUCUACUCCGAAGGUAAACUACAAAUAUUAUCAAAUCCAGAAAAAUGAAAAAAAUAAAAAUUUAAUACAAAAAAAAAAACAAACAUAAAAAAAUACAAGAAAAUUAUAUAUAUAUAUAUUAUACAAAAAUUUUAAAUUCUUAAGAAAACAAAAACAAAAAAAUUAAAAAAAAAAUAUAAAACAACAAACAAAUGCAAAACAAAAAAGAUAACACCGAAAAAAAAAAAAACAAAAACAACAAGAUCCUUGUAAAAAUAACGAGAUUUUCCAUUUAUUAUUAUUUUUUUCGUUUCAAUUAAGUUUUUCUUAAAAAAAAUAUUGAAAGUAAAUUUUGAUUUCAUUUUUAAAUUAAAUCCAAAAACAAAAAGCAUCCAACAAUCUUAAACAAAUACAAAUAGAUUUUUAAAGAUUUUUUUUUCUUAUAUAUAAUUUUCCUUAGUAUACAUAUCAAUUAAACAAAAAAAAGUAGACAAAACAAAAAGUACACAAAUCAAAAUAAAUAAUUAUUCAUUGAUAGGUCAAAUAGAUUUUUUUAGGGCUUAAUUUUUUGUAUUGCAUAUGCAAAGCAUAGCAUUGCUUAGGGAAAGACAAACAGUAACACAUAAUUGCUAAUUCUAACACUCACACAUACACACAACACACGCACUAAAAAUUAUUACAAAUAUUUAUGAUAUUUUUUUUGUUUUUGUAGAAAUAACAUACAAUAAGCAUAAUUUUAUUCUCUAUCAUAAACACAAAAAGCAAGCGAAACUUAGUUUGUUGAAUUUAUUGAAAAUGAAAAACAAAACUCUAACGGUGUCAUAAAAAUUAUAAAAAAAAAUAAAAUUGGUCAGACAUUUAAUAGGAACUAUUAGGAGCUAUUGAUUUGGAAACUACAAAUAUAUUUACAUAGGAUGAAUAAGCACUCAAAGGUUUAGCAAAUAGAAUUAGAAUAUCAUCCUCCGGAGGUGGUGGCACGUAGAAACGAAUAGUUUAUUUUGAAAUAGUCCUUCGAAUAGUUUCAGUUUUUUUUUAUAUCAACUGUAAAUGAAAA